AUCAGAGAAUCUGCCCACACACACAAGGUGAGAACAUGCAUACCUCAUUGCUCAGAGGCAACAGUGCUAGCCAUGUGCACCUGUGUGUGGCCCAACCCUGUGUUUAUAAUUCAGUAUACAAAGAAAUUAUUGUUGAUGGCAAAUUCUUCACACUCAAGGUCAUUUGACCAACAACAUUUAGACCAAAUUAGACUUUUCUGGGUAUGUUGACAAAAACGUGCUUAAUUACAAAGAUACAAUCCAAUGUUUUAAUUCACAGGUGGCUUAUAUAAGUCUCUGACUACACACUACACUUAUUAGUACAUUUUCUUAAGAGCUGUGUUAAUGUUUUAUUUUUUCCAACUGGUUUUGUCAUUGUCAGUUUCAUGAUAACACAUGUUUUGCCUGUUGAUUGCUUUAAUUUAGGUUCUAAUUUACAUUCAUGUUUGGAUUGGUUUCAGACAAAACCACCAUCACGAGACACUCCAAAUGACGUUAAUGAAUAAUGAAAAUAUCUUAUUUUCUGCACAAUUUAAAGGACAGUAAAUUACUACUGACACGUGAACGCAUCAUUAGUGACGAAGUAAUAAGACCUGCCGCUACGUUUAAUUAAGAAGCUACUUUUCAUCGUUAUACUGAAAAAGUGUUUUCACAGCUGUUGAACAGUAAAAUGUUCAGAGCAUUACAUCGGGUGUUGAGGCUGAUCAUGUUCAUGGGAAAACAGAGUCAGCUUCGUAGUUUAAAGUCUGCAGGGGGGUUAAUGUGUCUUCUGUGGACUGAAGAUGGCUGUGCCCAUGUUGUAAACUGCACUGUUGCAGCUGCUGGUCCCUGGUUCAAAGGGAUUCAAAUGAAAGAGCUCCAGACUGUCUUUGCAGAUAUGAAGGAGAGCAGGUUUCCCGGCACAUGUCUGUGUCCUCAUCCUGACCCUGAGGAGCUGUGUGCCUUCACUGAACUGUAUGGCUCACUCAAAGUACUUGUGUCCUUUCAGAUUAGAGAGGCAAGUUUAUUCAGCCCAGAGUGGCAAGCUCAUAUAGAGACGUUCCUACGCAUGUUCAGUUUGGCCAAUGCAGGGAUUAAAAUCCACCUCAAAUUCAAAUUUAACCAGCAGACCAUCCAGCCAGAAUUCAGAGUGAAAAACAAAAUUAAAGUUGCACAGGCAGGAGACGUUUCAUUGAUUUUGGAUGUCACCUGUAAUAUACAGCCUCCAGAGUGGGUAAAGAAAGGAUGUUGGUGUGAGGGAGGACACCCGGUCCUUGGAGGCAGGCUUCCUCUAAGUAUCCCACCUCAAGCCAUGGAUCAGGGCCUGUACGGGGAGCUCAGCAUCCAGCCUGUCACACUCCUUAGGCCCUGUGUGCUACAGUAUCCCAAUCUACAAACCCAACUCACUCACAUACAAGUUGUGGUUUACAGCCCCAGUAAUAUUCCUAUUACACGCCCCUCCAUUUUCCUCCAGGACCUUCCUGCUCAUCUGGACUAUGAAGACCUGAGUCUGCACAGCCUUCACAGCUCCUCUUUCAAAGAUCUCUGGCUCAAAGGUGGCAAUGUGUAUGCAGUGGAGCAAGACAACUGGGAGGGGGAGUCAAGUCUUCCUACAAUGCAGCAGAGUCUCCUGCUUUUCCUCUUCCUGCAGCACACCGACCCUUUCACAUCUCAGCUGUCUGAUGUUUUGGCCACUGAGGAGCUGAUAGAGCACCACCUGGAGGAUAUUCUGAGCAACAACAGUCAGGCAGUCACAACGGCCCUGCAGACUGAGCUGAAGAACACACUGAAAGCUGAACAUCACAGAAAGAAGGGCAAAGAGAAGUUGGGUUCAGGCCUUCAGGUGAUUCUCAGUUCGUCCAUCUGUAUUGUGAGCUGCAGUAGUAACAUGGACUUCAGAAAUGCCUGUCUGAACAGCAUGAAGGUGCGUGACACUCAUGAAUUGUCGGCCUCUCUUUGUGAGUCUCUGAGGAGUGUGACAUCAUGGAAAUUCACUCCAAGGAGCAGGUGCUACUCUGCUCAGAUGGAAGAACAGCCUGAGGUUGAUGGUCCCACCAGAGCAGAAAUUUGAGAAUUUGAGUCUUUAAAUAGAUCUGAACUACUGCUGUGGAAGCCGUUAACAGUGGAGAGAAUAUCCAUACAUUUAAAUAUGUGUGUGUGUGUGUGUGUGUGUGUGUGUCACCAGUGCAUGUUUAUAUAUGCUCUGGUGAUAGAAAGAACUACUUAUUCAACCUUUAUUUAUCAAAACACUUAGAAAAUGGAGAUGAAUAUCAGGGUGCAGCUAAUGAAUAUUUUCAGUAUCAAUGAAAAUCCUGCUGUACCAGAUGGUAUCUAGUUUAGUUUAAACAGUACCCCAAGAUCCAUGACUUUUAGUUAAUAGGUAUAUUCAUUGUUUGUUUGUAAACUUGACAGAAGUUGUGAACAUAUUUAGAUUAAAUUAUUUGACCAA